UACUCUGACCGUGUCCGACUUCAGUGAGCUUCCAAAAGUUCAAGAGCAGCUGCUGGCCUCUGUCCAGGCUGUUCCAAUUCCUAUUACUCCAACUUCACCACCUGUCACCGCUGUUUACACCACACCCAGAAAGGACGUAGUGUUUCUUCUGGACGGUUCAGAUGGCACUAGGAAUUCUUUUCCAGCUAUGCGUGACUUUGUGCAAAGAGUAGUGGAGCAAUUCAACAUAGAGGCCAACAGAGACCAUGUUUCUGUGGUGCAGUACAGUAGAGACGCUGAGGUCCAUUUCUAUCUGAAUAGCUACAUGACAAAGGAAGACGUUCUUGACCAUGUCAGAGGCCUGAGACACAAAGGAGGUAGACCCCUCAACACGGGGGCAGCUCUCCAGUACGUCAGAGACAAUGUCUUUACUGCCUCCUCUGGCAGCAGGCGGCUGGAGGGGGUGCCGCAGAUACUGAUCCUGCUUAGUGGGGGAAGGUCAUUUGACAGUGUCGAUGCAGCAGCCUCCUCUCUGAAAGAGUUUGGCGUCUUGAUCUUGGGAAUAGGAUCGAGGGGCUCGGAUAGUGGAGAAUUGCAGAGAAUUUCAUACACCCCCAGUUAUGCUCUGUCCGUGUCCGACUUCAGUGAGCUCCCAAAUGUCCAAGAGCAGCUGCUGGCCUCUGUCCAGGAUGUUGCAAUGCCCGUCACUACAACUUCCCCGUCUCUGACCGCUGAUGACGUCAUACCCAUAAAGGACGUAGUGUUCCUGCUGGAUGCUUCAGAUGCCACUAGAAAUGCUUUCCCAGCGAUGCGUGACUUUGUGCAAAGAUUAGUGGAGCAAUUCAACAUUGAUGCAAACAGAGACCGUGUUUCAGUGGUGCAGUACAGUAGAGAUGCAGAGGUCAAUUUCUAUCUGAAUACCUACACAACAAAGGGGGAGAUCUUGAACUCUGUCAGAGGUCUGAGGCAUAGAGGAGGGAGACCCCUCAACACUGGGGCAGCUCUCCAGUACGUGAGGGACAAUGUCUUCACCGCCUCUGCGGGGAGUAGAAAACAAGCGGGUGUCCCUCAGAUUCUCAUCCUCCUCAGUGGAGGACGGUCAAGCGAUAACAUAGAUAUACCUGCCUCCGCCCUGAAACAGAGCGGGAUCUUGAUUUUUGGCAUUGGCACCAGAAAUUCCAGCAGAGUGGUGCAGAGAAUUGCCAAUGAUCCUACCUAUGCACAGUCCAUCAAUGAAUUCUCUGACCUUCCCAGUGUCCAACAGAAGUUUAUCACCUCCCUCAACAACGUGCUUGGUCAAGUCAAGCCGAUGACAACUACUGUGCCGGCUGAGCGAAAGAGGGAUGUAGUGUUCCUGCUGGAUGGUUCAGAUGGCACUAGGAGCUCUUUCACUGCGAUGCGUGACUUUGUUGAAAGGAUGGUGGAGAGACUGAAUGUGUCUGAGAACAGAGACCGUGUGUCCGUGGUCCAGUACAGCAGAGAUCCAGAGGCCCAUUUCUAUCUUAACACAUACUCAAGAAAGGAGGACAUUCUUGACACGGUCAGGGGUCUGAGGCACAAAGGAGGAAGACCCCUCAACACAGGGGCAGCUCUGCAGUACUUGAGGGACAAUGUAUUCACUGCCUCCUCUGGAAGCAGACGUGUAGAAGGUGUGCCCCAGUUACUGAUUCUGCUGAGUGGUGGAAGGUCAUUUGAUAAUGUUGACACACCGGCCUCAUCCCUGAAGGAGCUGGGAGUGCUUAUCUUUGGGAUAGGGUCAAGGAGCUCAGACAGCAGGGAACUCCAGAGGAUCUCCCAUGAGCCUAGUUAUGCACUCUCAGUGAGUGACUUUGCUGACCUUCCCGGUGUCCAACAGCAGCUUUUCACUAACAUUAAUACAGUACUUGUAGAGCGCACGCCCAUCACUACUACAGUAAUAGUUGAGUCCCAAGGACCUAAGAAGGACAUCAUCUUUGUGAUUGAUGGCUCUGAAGGUGUUGGCAGAGAAUUCCCAAUUAUCCAGGAGUUUGUGCGCAGCGUUGUGGAAAACCUCAAUGUUGGCGAGAACAAGAUCCGAGUGGGCGUGGUGCAGUAUGGAGAUUCCCCGUAUGCAGAUAUAUACCUCAACUCACACAGGACCAAAGAAGGUGUCCUAAAUGGCAUUAAGGAACUCCGACAACGAGGGGGGAGACAGCGUAACCUUGGUCGAGCCAUUGACUUUGUUAGUCGUGAAGUCCUGGCUUCUGGACGUGGUGGAAGGAAACAGGAGGGAGUUCCACAAUUUGUUGUUGUGAUUUCAGGAGGAAAAGCAACAGACAAUAUAAGACCAUCUGCAACUGCACUGAAACAGUCAGGAGUUGUCCCUUUUAGCAUAGGAACAAGAGACGUGGACACUCAGGAAUUGCAGGUGACAUCCUAUGUCCCCAGAUUUACCUACACAGUUGAAGACUUGCCUGGACUAUAUGCAAUUCAGGACACACUCAUCACCACCCUGACAGAGCUAUCUAGUGAGGAGUUAGCCAAAUUGCACCCUGUAUACCCUCCAGAGACUGUAAUUCCAGUGCCAGUACCUCGUGGAGAUAAAAGGGAUGUUGUUUUCCUUAUUGAUGGCACAACAAAGAUGCGGAGUGAGUUCCCUGCCAUAAGAGACAUGGUUCAGCGAGUGGUGGAGAAGUUAGAUGUGGGUCUCGACAAUGUGAGAGUCUCAGUUGUGCAGUACAGUGAUGAUCCCAAACUGGAGUUUCUUCUCAAUGAGCACUCCACCAAGGAGGAAGUUCGCCAGGCAAUACGAAGAAUGAGAAGCAAAGGUGGCAAUCAGCUUAACACUGGCCAAGCUCUGGAAUACGUUUCAAAGAACAUCUAUCAAAGAUCAGCCGGAAGCCGUGUAGAAGAGGGUGUGCCCCAGUUUCUCAUCUUGGUAACUGGAGGAAAGUCAAAUGAUGAUGUGUCUGGCCCUGCUAACCAACUGAAGUCAAGCCGCAUUGCUCCCAUAGCAGUUGGAGCACAUAAUGCUGAUGAAGAGGAGCUAAAAUUAAUUUCCUUUAGUCCAGAACUAACAUACACCAUUAGAGACUUCCAGCAACUUCCCAGAGUGGAGCAACAGCUUUUAACCAAAGUCAGUACCAUGACCAGAGAUGAAAUUUCGGCCCCCCCUACGCCUAGAGUCCCACUCAGUCUUGGAAGAAAGGACAUCAUCUUCCUCAUUGAUGGCUCUGACAGUGUUGGACAAAGCGGUGUUGCUCACAUUCGUGACUUUAUCUUGAAAGUGGUUGAUCAGCUUGAUGUACAACCUGACCAAGUCCGCGUGGCUCUUGUGCAGUAUGGUGAACGGCCUAAAACGGAAUUUUCUUUGAACUCUCAUGACAACAAGCAAUCUGUCAUCUCUGCAAUUAAGAGAUUGCGUCAUAUGGGUGGACGCGGUGCUGAUCUAGCUGAGGCGAUAAAGUUUGUCAUUCGAAACGAGCUCCAGGCAUCUGCUGGGGUACGUCUAAACCAGGCUUCCCAGCAUUUAGUUGUGCUAACUGGUGGAAGAUCAACCUCCGAUGUAUCUACUUAUGGCCCACUUCUCAAAGGCUCUCGCGUCAAUUGUAUAGGAAUUGGUGCAGAAAAUGCAGACCUAAGACAGCUGGCACAGAUUACUACCACUGCCGAUGACGUCCUGCAGGUGGCUGCUUUCCCAAAUCUUCCGAACAUACAGAGCAAGUUUAUAGCCAGACUUAAUGGAACAAUUAUAGAGGAGACUCCCACUGACGAGCCAGAUCCUGGGCUCCCACAAGCCAAGGCUGCUGACAUUGUGUUUUUGGUUGAUGGCUCAAUCAAUCUUGGCAGGGACAAUUUUAAAGAGGUCAUGGAAUUCAUUCUUAAUUUAAUUGACCUUUUCUUCACUGAGAGAGACAAUCUUCAGAUUGGUCUAGCACAUUAUGCUACAGAUGUGACCGAUGUAUUCUACCUCAAUACUUACAAAAAUAAGGAUGACAUUAUUAAUGCCAUAACUCGAGCCGAGUACAAGGGAGGUCGGGAAAUUAAAACAGGCAAUGCCAUUCGCCAUGCUCAGAAAACACAAUUUGUCAAAGAAAGAGGCAGUCGGAAGGAUGCGGGAAUUCCACAGAUCCUGAUGGUAGUCACUGGUGGACGGUCAAGGGAUGACAGCAAAUCAGCGGCACUAGCUCUCAAAGACAGUGGUGUGCGCAUCUAUGCUGUUGGGGUGGGUGAUAUUGAGGAUGAGCUCAAUAAUUUGGGCAGUGAAGCUACUACAGUGGCCCGAGCCAGCACCUUCCAAGAACUCUCUGAACUGAAUGAGCAGAUUUUGGAAACACUGGAUGAUGAGGUGAAAGGAAUAGGACUGUGCACUGGAGUAAAGGUUACCACAAGAGAAUGCAAGUUGGAUGUACUUGUGGGGUUUGAUGUGGCUGCACAGAACAUCUUUGCUGCUCAGAAAACAUUAGAGACGAAGGUGGCUACUAUUCUCCAACGCAUUACCCAGAUGCAGCCCAUCAGCUGCACUUCUGGCCAGGUUCCCUUAAUACAAGUGGGCAUGCUAGCAAUGGACUCUGCCUCUGAACCAGUUCAACUGGACUUCACCAACAGAUACACAGAGCUUAUUGAGCCCUUCAAGGCCCUCCGAAACCGUGGACCUUUUGUUCUAAAUGGUGCCACAAUCAAAGCUUAUGCUGAUAGAUUCAAGAGUCAGCCUUCAGAUAGUGUCAAGGUUGUGAUCCACUUAACUGAUGGAUUAGAUGCCCAGUAUAACAUCCUGAAAGAGCGAGUUGAACUGAUGCGUUCAGCUGGUGUCAGUAGUUUCAUUCUUGUUGCCCUGGAGAGAGUGCCACGAUUUGAGGAUGCAGUUCUCUUGGAAUUUGGCCGUGGAUUUAGGUACACACGACCUCUGCGUGUCAACCUCAUGGACUUGGAUUAUGAACUUCUGGAAGAACUGGAUAACAUUGCUGAGCAGGAAUGCUGUUCUGUUCCAUGCAAGUGUAAUGGCCAGAGAGGGGACAGAGGAGCUGUUGGUGUACCUGGACCAAAGGGUCAAUCUGGUGGUCAAGGCUUGAGAGGACAUCCUGGUGAUGAAGGUGGUCCGGGAGAGAGAGGUCCACCUGGUGUAAAUGGAACUCAAGGAUUCCAAGGAUGUCCAGGUCAAAGAGGUGUUAAAGGAUCUCGAGGAUACAAUGGUGAAAAGGGUGAAAUUGGAGAGAUUGGUUUAGAUGGAAUCAAUGGAGAGGAGGGAACAAGUGGCAUUGCUGGCCCUCCAGGAGAUAGAGGAAACCCUGGGCAAAGGGGACCUAAAGGGGCCAAAGGCCAGGCAGGAGAUGUUGGUCAGACUGGAAUCCGUGGUGAUCCCGGCAUCCCAGGAAGAGACAACAACCAGAGGGGACCAAAAGGUGAUCCAGGCGAUGCUGGCCCACCGGGAGAGCCAGGAGUGGACGGAAAUAAAGGAGGACCUGGUGAACCAGGCAGACGGGGCCCUGAUGGUAGAAGGGGGCCUCCUGGUCAAGCGGGUGCUCCUGGAAGGGCAGGAAGUGAUGGUUUACCAGGAGAGACAGGAAUUGGAGGAUCUCGGGGUGCCGCUGGACCAAUUGGAGCACCUGGUAUAAGAGGAGAGGAUGGAAACCCUGGUCCAAGGGGGCCAGGAGGACUGCCAGGAACUGCUGGAGAAAAGGGUAGAAGAGGUGCCGUUGGCCGGAAGGGUGAACCAGGGGAGCCAGGACCUAAGGGUGUCGUUGGACCCCUGGGACCCCGUGGGGAGCCUGGUGAAGAUGGACGAGAUGGUUUUGGUAUACCUGGUCCCAAAGGACGAAAGGGUGAUGACGGUUUCCCUGGUUUCCCUGGUCCAAAGGGUGAAGCAGGUGACCCUGGAUCAAAGGGAGGACCUGGACCUAGAGGAAACAAUGGCCAGAGAGGUACCUCAGGGGAACCUGGUGGACCUGGACAAAAGGGAGAUAUUGGAUACCCAGGGCCCUAUGGUCUAAAAGGAUCCAGAGGAACUGGUCCAGUGCAAUGUGAUCUGGUCAAGAAAAUUAGGGAUAACUGUCCCUGCUGCUAUGGUGCUCAGGAAUGUCCCCUAUACCCUACUGAGUUGGCCUUUGCCCUGGAUGCAUCAGAUGGUGUAUCACGCUCUGUUUUCAACAACAUGCGUGACACUGUGCUCCGCCUGGUCAGUGACAUCACUAUUGCUGAGAGCAACUGUCCCCGAGGUGCCCGUGUUGCUCUAGCACUUUACAACAAUGAGGUGACUACUGAGAUCCGCUUUGCAGAUACCCAGAAGAAGCGAUCACUUGUUGAGCGAGUUCAAGGCCUCCAGACUCAGCAGACCCGUAAGCAGCGCAGCUUGGAGACAGCCAUGAACUUCGUUGCACAGAACACAUUCAAGAGAGUUCGCAGUGGGUUCCUUGUGCGCAAGGUUGCUGUUUUCUUUGUCAACGGCCCUGUUACAGUCGUUCAAGAAUUCAGUGCCGCUGCUUUGCGCCUCUACGAUGCAGGAAUUUCCUCUGUAUUCCUUCUUAACCGUGAAGAUCGCCAACUCACAAGAGCCUUGCAGCUUAACAACACUGCUUUAGCCCAAACUAUCGUCCUACCCUCACCUGGAAGUGCUGAAUACAACAAUGUCAUCAAGAAGAUCAUGACCUGCCAUAUCUGCCUGGAUUUCUGUGCCCCGGAUGAGAUGUGUAAUUAUGUCCCAGAACGUGGAGUCCGGGACCGGAGGGAUCCCACCACUGACUUGGACAUCGACAUGGUCUUUGUUCUUGAUAGUUCAGAGAGCACCUGGCCCUCCGUCUUCACAGAGAUAAAGCAAUAUGUGUCUCUAAUGAUAGAACAGCUAGAGAUGUCCCCUGAGCCAGCCAACACUACCCAUCAUGCUCGAGUAGCACUUGUUCAGCAUGCACCUUAUGAAUACUUGCACAAUGGCAGUGGCAUGCCCAUCAGCGUGACCUUUGGUUUGACAGAUCACAAGUCACCAAACAGUGUUCGAAGCUUUCUACUGGAUAAGGUGCACCAGCUUGAAGGAGGACGGGCCCUUGCAGAUGCUCUUGAAGGCACUGUUGAACAUGUGUUUGAGAAGGUGCCACAUCCCCGCCAUUUGAAGGUAUUAGUUAUUUUGGUGACUGGACCAGUUGAACUGCAUGAGGAGAGGAUAAUAAGGGCUGCCACUGAAGUUAAAUGCAAAGGAUACUUCAUAGUGGUGAUGGCAGUUGGAAAGCUGUUCAGUACAGGCGAUGUCCGUGUCUUGGCCCAAGUGGCAAGCGAGCCUUCAGAUGUAUUCUUUAAGAGGGUGGAUAGACCUUCAGGCUUCUAUGAUAACCAUAUUCAGACAUUUGCCAGACUGUUGCCCAAGUACCUUGGCCUUGAAAAUGCUUUCUACUUGUCACCUGAAGUCUCUAAGAAGUGUCAGUGGUAUCAAAGUGACCAGCCACACAAAUUCCCAUUCAGUUUGCCAAAAACAGAGGAGAAACACCAGAAGCAUCAUGGACAGCAGGAGUUUCAUGACAGAAAACAUAAAGAAACAGGUAUGGAGAAAAUGCAUCUGGUUAACGUCACCUCCAGCGGAUUCUCCCUGCAGUGGUUGAGUGGCGAUUCAAAGGCCACCUAUGAGGUUACUGUGACUCGCCUCAAGGAUCAUAGUCUGGUGCUGAGGAAAAAUGUGACCGGCAGCCAUCUCUCCAUUUCUGAGUUGGAGGCAGCCGAAACCUAUCAUGUUGUGGUCAAUACUCACAGUGUCAAUGGUCAUGUUGCCAGCACCUACAAAGGCAUUGUUCCCACAAAAUUAGCACAUCUGAAGGUCCUUACUGUAAGUGACGUGAUGGGGAUUGUGCCCACUGCACCCUUGAGUAAACCAGAAACAAAACCAGCAGAACAAACAAUACUUAAUGCCAGUGAAAUGAUGGGGAUGAUGUCUACUGCACCCUUGAGUAAACCAGAAAUUAAAUCAGCAGAACAGAAGGUUCUUACUCCAAGAGAGGUGAUGGGGAUUGCACCCUCUGCACCCUUAAGUAAACCAGAAAUUAAAUCAGCAGAACAGAAGGUUGUUAUUCCAAGUGAAGUGAUAGGAAUUGCACCCUCUGCACCCUCAAGUAAAGCAGACAUUAAAACAGCAGAACAGAAGGCUCCAAGUGAAGCAAUGGGGAUUGUGUCCUCUGCACCCUUAAGUAAACCAGAAAUAAUUAACAAUCCUAUGGACCCAUGUUCACUUGACUUUGACAUUGGACUGCCAUGCAAAGAUUACCAAGCUAAGUGGUACUUUGACAGAAAGAAUGGAUUCUGUACACAGUUCUGGUAUGGAGGUUGUGGAGGAAAUGACAAUAGGUUUGAGACUGAGGCUGAUUGCCUCAAACGCUGCAUGAAGCCAGUGGCUGAACCUAAAGCAAGUGAAGAGCAUGUCAAAGCUGCUCUCCCCCCAGCACCAGCUCCAGCUGCCCUGCGCUCCAGUGUGGAUAUCUGCAAGCUACCAAAAGAAGAGGGAUCCUGUGCUAAAUUUGUGCUUAAAUGGCAUUAUGACCCGCUUAGUGGAAACUGUACCCGCUUCUGGUACGGAGGAUGCGGAGGGAACCAGAAUCGCUUUGAUACACAAGAUGAGUGUGAGAAGGCUUGUGGAAAAGCAGCACCUGUUAAACGAGGGAUCAUCGCUGCAGUUAACACAUAGGAAUUAAUGAAGACUGUAAGCUAACCGCUGACAACACUCAGAGGAUAUAGCACCUAAAACAAGAAGCACAGCCACAGCCAAGAUGCCUGCACUGGAGCUUGCCAGAGGAUUGAUCCAAAGAAAACCUUGAAGUAAUAUUUCCCACAUAAGAAAAAAGCAGAACAAGAUUUUUUUGUUUCGUGCUGGUGCUACAUUCAGUGUUUUUUUUUUAUGUUUUUUUUUUCAUGUGUAUGUGGGUUUGAAUAAAACCCAUUGUAAAUGUCCAGGGCAAUUUUUUUUUUUAAUGUUAUGCUGUUUUAAUCAUGUGGUUUGUGGAAAUAUCUUGCUCAAAACAUAUCAGUAAAUCUUUGUAGUUAUGAGACAAGUUCAUGACAAUUUAGUUUCAUUUUAGUACAUUUUGCUAAAUUACUGCAGUCCUCUUAAUACGUUUUUUUUUUUAACUGCUUGAAGAAUUUUAAUUGCUCUUUCUGGUCAUACCGCUGGAGAUCUCCACUGACUCUAAAAUCUCCAAACAAAUGUUAUUUUGUUGUUUGAUACAAUGAACAUCAUCUGAAACCAAGAAAGUAAUUUCUUUAAAUAAAUAUGCAUAAUUUUUGCAACCAUUGCCUUACACAAAAGUUUUGGUUUCAAAAAGCAAUUGGAAUGUAUUUUUUAAACUUGUUUUGGGUUGGUGUUUUUUUUUUUUUU